AUGACUCCUGGCAUUCCCCGUGUACCUGAGGAUGAUGGACCUACAGGACCAGCCGUUGUGCCUGAUGCCACUACAGUUUCUGAGACUGAUUUGCCUACAGGUGUUGAUAUACCCUCCAUGACUACUCCUGCCGUUAUCUCGGAGCCUAUCAGACCUCAAUCCGAGGGGACCUCCACUGGCGUUGGAUCUCGAUCAUCUCUAUAUGAGCAUGUUCGCGCCCUCUUGGCCGAUACCGAUCCUGACAGAGACAUUUUCCGUACAGACCUCGGCUUUUUUACCGCCUUUUUUAACGGCAUGAUCGAGAAACUGCUUCAUCGAGGAUAUUGUUUUGAUCAGUUCAGGCGUUCCUUUUCUCGUCACAUGAUGAUGUUUAUAGAAGAAGGGUAUCCGGGGUUAGCUGAUUCUUUCAUUGCCGAUUUUGCUGCUCUGGAGUCGGAGAUCUGA